AUGCUGUAUAUGCUGCUGUCGGUAGUGCUGGGAAAGAGCUGGAUCAAGAUGAACAAGGUGGAGAAGAACAAGUUUACCUGCACGACUAUGUCGAGUGUGCAUGCGGUUGUCCUCAUGAUCUACGCUGUUGAUGCGGUGCUCGAUGGAUGGUCUCGCCAUGGCUCCAUCAUGUGGCACUCGGCAGAGGCCUACGCCGGCGACAUCGCCUUUCUCACGCAGUUUACUGCCGGCUACUUUCUGCAUGACACAUUCAAUCAGCUCUACUACAACUGGGGCACGUCUGGUGUUCGGGACAUGCUCGCUCAUCACGGGUUCUUCCUCUCUGGCUGCGCCCUGCUUCUCUUCUAUCGCGUCGGCGCAUGGCUGCCGAUGCUCUGGUCGCUGACCGAGAUCUCGACUCCGUUCAUCAACUUGAGAGUCUUGCUGAGCCUCAUCGGCUUCAAGGACCACCCAGUGUACAUGUACAAUGGACUGGCUAUCCUGCUGACGUUUACUGGCCGCGUCGCCGUCUCGCUCUACAUUGUCUACCUCCUCGCGACAAAAGCGACGGAGCUCCGCGCCGCCGCGCCGGUCCUCUUCUACGCCCAGACCGCGGCGUCGUUCCUCAUGACGGGUCUCAAUCUCACAUGGUACUCGAAGAUCUGCUCCAUGUCAUACUAUCGGGUGUUCGGCAGCAAGUCCAAGUCGGAGUAAACGAGGCAAUGAACGAG